GACGAGUGAGUGCCCGUGUGUGAUUGACACCCGCAUGAUACCGCCACACAAGAAAUUCUUUGCCGUGUUUCGGUGACGGAACAAUCCAAUUGCGGUACCAUAUUUGGAUUGUUUGUUUCGUUCGUAGUUGUUGCAACUGCCAGGUUUUUGUAAAGUAUGACAAUUCCUCCCUUGUUGAAAAGCAAGGUCGUCAUCAAGUUGACGAUCCAAGCCAAGGACGGCACCGACUCCGGGUUUUACCACCGUGUACGCUUGACCGACAGUAACACGACGAAGGAAUACCAGCAAGUCCAGAUCCGGGCUAUCCAGUACGCGACGGAACGGGAAGAUUUCCAGAGCGCGGCGGAUGCGUACGAUCUCUACAAAGUUGGUUUGAUGUACCACGAUCCCGAUGGGGAUCGAAUCGGUAUUGCUUCCAACGAAGAUCUCUACGAAGCCUUUCAGCUCUACCAGGAGGAAGGCAACGUCAAAGUGACGGCAACCGUUCAACUCAAGGCCAGUCACGUUGGCGAGGACGACUCCAUCCGUAAAGCGCCGGAACCGUUGGUGACGCCCAGGGGGCUCAAGGAGGAACAAGUCCCCGUCUCGAGCCGCGCUUCCGUCUCCACCCAGACUCUUCUUCCACAGCCAACCACACGUCGUGAACCAGUAGAGGAAUCAAACGAAUCCGCUCCGACGGAACACUCUACCCCAUCACCUGCGUCGAAUAUAGGAACGAAAGCUUUCGUCGCUCAACCUUCGUCUCCGAAGAAUAUCCACGUCGACAAGUUGGUGGAAACCAUGGUGGAUGUUCUGGCCGUGGGUGUCUUGACCCUCUCCGGACACGUGCAAUCAUUGUCGGAACGUAUAGCCGCCAAGCAGUCGGGCGAGACCGACAACCGAAAGCCUCCUGCAGAAUGCACGCAUACACGUCCGUUCAUUCAUGGACGUCACACCUGCGAUGCUUGUUUGACGACUCCCAUCGUGGGAAAGCGCUUUCACGCCACUAACUUGCCCGACUAUGAUCUCUGCGGCAAGUGCAAGCUGAAUUACAAAGGGGACGAAAUUCAGUUUGAAGCUGUCGAAAUGGAUCGCGACCGCCCCUUCCAAGAACGCUGGCACAGUCGACACCUGCGCUUGCAUAGCGGCACUGCCGGUGCAGGACGUCCUCGUGGUUCCUGUGGCCGCGGUCGUGGACGGUGUGGACCACGAGGCUUUCAUCGUGCACACCACCAUCAUCACGGUGCGCACCCUCAAGGACCCUCUGUUUCUCCUACAAGUGGUUCGGAUGACCAGCCAAUGUCGUCUCCUCCAAACGCAUCGCCGCUACCGGAUCCUCCUCUUUCGUCAGGCAAGACCUUUCCCUUUAGUUUCCCUACACACGUGCCGGCACCCUCGUACCUUUCCGAAGAGAAUGUCGAUUUAGCCCUCAAGGAAGCUAUUCGACGCAGCAUGCAAGAUAUCCAGCCUACGGACAAGAAAUCCGCAGAAUUUAAAUUCUUGAAUCAAAAUUCGGCCGCGCUAGAAGAAGGGAUUUUGAACGAGGAAUCAGAGCCUUUGCAGCAGACGGUGGAGGCUGUGGACGACGUUCUGGAAGUGGAACCUGACGAGGCGAUGAUUCAGAAAACGGCCACGGAUUCGCAAGUAGUGGCGGAUUGCUUCGCCAAUGAUGCUGUCGGUAGCGGAGAUAUUGCGGCUGUGUUGGGCGAGACCUUGGACAAGGUUGCACAAGCGAUUGAAGACUUUAAUCUGGAACUCAGCCGUGAGACCUCCUAUUCGCAGAACGACGAAGAUGCGGAUGAGGAGCAAGAGGAGAAGCAGAACGUUGUUGUUGAACCAAGCGGCGAAACGGAACAUGGCGCGACAAUCGUUGACGGCGAAGCAACAACGAAAGAUGACGCCAGUCAUCAUAGUUGGGAAGUUGUUGCCGAUGACGAGGCGCUGGCCCGUGCCGCUCAAGUGAUCGGAUCUGCUUUGUUCAACAGCGCCAUUAGCAGUCAUGCAAACGAAAACUUGUCUAUGCUGACCCAAUCAGACGGAGUGAAUGAUUGUCCAUCUUCCGAAAGUUUUUCGUCGGUUGCUUCAGUCCCUACCGUCGUCUCGUCGAUUGAGGGCUCUGCGUCCGUACCCCACGCCCAAUUGCAGCGAUGGUUUGUGCAGCUCGAUCAGUUGCACGAGCUUGGGUUCCACAAUGAUGCGGUCAUGGUGGAGAUUCUAGAGCGCCUUGAGGCGGCAAAUAUUGGCGUUGACUCGUCAGAUGAAGUCUCGGUCUCUCAAGUCGUGGAACAAAUGAUGAAAGAUUGAUUUAGAUUGGUGCGGUGCUGAUUGGGUCUCGCACAGAAGUAAUGGUGUGACGAAGGAUUUGUGGAAAAUCGUGCACGUUGUUGGCUGAGAGUACGAAAAUGGUUUUACAGAGACGCUGUCUUUCGCGGAAUUUUAUAGCAAGUUCUAUUUAUUGAUUUGUUCGAAUCUGCUUUUC